AGAUCUCAAAUUUAUUCAAAUGAACUAUUUAUUUAAUAAGAUGUUGAGAGAAAAUUUAAAUAACUAAACAAAUUCUAUAUAAUUCUAAAUAAAGGCUCUAAACCAAGAUGCUUUAAAAAUUGAAUAUUUGGAUCUAUCGAAUGAAACUUUAAAAGCUAGAAUAAUAGUAAUUUUAAAUGCUCCUAUUUGAUUAUAAAUAGUAUGUAUCAAUUUAAAAUUAGCAUAAUAAGAAUGGAGAUAGCCGGAUUGAAACAAGAGUUUUAACUAUAUAAAGGAGGAAAUGACUAGAAAUUAUUAAUGGGAAGGAAAAUAUAUGAUUUAAAUAAAUAGUGAGUAAAUCCUUUAAGCUCCAUAUGUAACCUGAGAGCAUAGAUAAUUUUUCUAAAGGUGAAUUAUUCCUAAAAUAAUAUACUUACAGGAAUUGGAAAGUAGAUCAUCAAUAAAGAUUAAAAAAAAUAAUUUGAGCGAACCAUAAUCUGAACUGAUAUGAAACAUUCUGAAUAAGAGCAUUAUUUAUGAC